CUUUCCCGCGAAGGAGGGACGCGGAGGUCGCAUCCUCGUGCUUGGCACACGCGAGCAGCGGCGAUAGCUAUCAGUCGGCCGUGAGCCGUGAGCCGUCAAGCGAGCGCGAGCACCGUGUGGCUGGUGUGCGGGGGCUUUGCGCCAUCGAGAGGCGAUCGAUCCCACGGAGCUCCGCGGCUCUCGCGCGCGUCGCUCUCCCGUGUCGAGCCGGAGCGUCGUCGUUUCGGAAUAUACCGUGAUGUAGACGAGAUGCAAUCGCGCCCUUCCCCCUCCCCCUCUCCGCGUCUCUCGUUGCGCUGAGGGAAUAAUUUCGGAACGAGACGAGCUAAGUUUUGGAACGUAGGACGAUUGGGAAAUAGACGAGAGCGGGACGGUAACUGUCGGUAGCGGCACCCACGUGACGACCGGAGGUGCCGCGCGAAGGUGUCAAUACGAGACUCGAGCGAGAUUCUGCGGAGUCAGUGACAGGAGCUCGCGCUGCUCGCAGUACCGGGAGCGCGAGAAAGAAGGGGAGGAGAGGGGGAGAGAGAGAGAGAGAGAGAGAGAGAAAACCCGAUCGAUGUUCACGUGACAAUCAACAACACGAAGUGAAGUUGCCGCGAAAGGGUGCGCGAACCACAGCCAUAUUCAAGGCGAGCUCCGCUGUCGCGCCCGUAGUCGUGAAAACGGCGAGUCUCGCGAUCAUCCGCCGGGACAGGACAGACGCGGAGCGUGGAUAAGCGGGAAACGUGGUGCGUACGCGCGACGGGCACGAGCGAGCGCGAUUUGUGACACGGUGACAGGCAAGGGGACCCCCACGCCCCCGUCAUCUCGUUAAAAUGGAGUUCAAGUUCAACGUGAAUAAACUCUUGCCCAGAAAGAUCAACAAGGUCACGCAUAACCUGGUGCCGGAGAACUUCAAGGGCGAUCGGCGCGAGCUGAACGAAUUUCAGAGAUUGUUGAGCAGAAUACUGGACGAUAUGGGCAAGGCAUCGGCGAGGGCCCAAGGACUCACUAAGCCUAUCACUAGCGCCCUUAAACUCCACGACACGGAUCACACGAUUUAUUUGCUCGUAGAUAAUGACGCAAACAACGGACUCGGUAGCGUGGUGGGAUUAUUGAAAACGGGAUCGAAGAAUCUGUUUCUGUUCGGCGAGACAGGGGAGCAUUAUCAGCUGCAGGCGAGAUGCAUCCUGGAUUUCUACGUGCACGAGUCGCGACAGCGUAUGGGUCUGGGCAAUAUUCUCUAUCAACACAUGUUAUCUGAGGAGAACAUUAGACCAGUGAAAUUGGCAAUCGAUCGACCGUCGGACAAGUUCUUGGCUUUUCUACACAAAUACUACGGACUCUCGAAGAUUAUUCCGCAGAACAAUAAAUUUGUUGUUUUUGAAGGAUUCUUUGAUGACGAAAGCCGAGACGUGAAGAGCAAUAGAUAUAGCCUACCUCCUAGAGCGAACUUGGACGACAGUAUGUCGGGCAACAACGACAACGGAAGGAACGGUGCUAGUCUCAACGGUAUACCGUACACGGCAUCCGUUUCGCGUAGCACAUUCGGUAGAUAUGCCGCUGCGCGACCGCCUUGUUCUAUGGCAAAUAUUAUCCAUAACACAGCGAUGCUUGGUCAAUCAGCCGAGCAUACAGGCAACGGCGACAGCGGCAGCGCGCCGCUACCACCACCACCACUGAAACUGGAGCGGCCGCGCUCCCUGAGCAUCUACUCCGAGGAAGAGCAGAAACAACGUAGCCUUGAGAUGAAUACUGUCCCGACGCCCGUCGUACCAGACAAUCAGACCAAGCCUUUCGUCCCUGUCCUGCUGGAGGCCGAGAAGGCGGAGAAGAACGUGAAGCCGUCACCGUCGUGCAGCCAGGAAGUGGCUACUGGUACCAAUCAACACGGCCACUUAGAUCUCAAGUUUUACCAUUCACCCUUGUGGUGAAACGAUCCGGCUAAUAUGUAGUGAUCUUUCUCAUUAUUCUUUCUCCGGUGUGCGGGGAAGGGGGAGGGAGGGAGAAACUUAGGAUGGAGCAGAUUAAUCUGAGUUAUCGCUAAACUUGAUUUUGCUUCUCUGAGUAUGUAGCUAAAAUUAUCUAGGAAGGAAAAAUCUAGGAUGGAAAUAGUUUGCUGAAAGUAUUAUAUCAUGAAAUUGAUGAAAAACAAAAUAAAAGUUAUUGCAAAAUUAUUGAAUAUACCUUAAAAUAAAUCAUAAUUUUCCUUAUAAAAUUCAGUGUAACAUUGUGAAAUAUAAGAAAAGUUAAAGUAUACCAUAUUAGUAUACUUAUACACUAUUAAAAAAUAAUUAAAAACUUAAUGAAAUAAAAAUUAAUAAAAAUUUGAUUUUUCAUGAAAUUGUUACUGAAAUAUUAACGAAAUGAUAAUGAAACGGGAUCAAUUAAGCGAAAUUGUCAAAUAGAUUUCAGCAAAACUUUAUUAUAUCCACUUUCAGUAAAAUAUUUUCAUCAGGAUAACUAUUUAUUUAUAUAUUUGGCGGUCGUAUUCGUGGAUUUCUCAUUAUAGUAUUGAUUAAUAAGUAUGUACUGCUUCGUAAACGGAGACCACAUUACAACAUAAUAAAAUAGUAGAUAGAAAAAUAUGUAUAUGCCGAUAGGAAAAUGUCUCAAAUAUUAUGUAAUAAUUGCAUCAUCCAAAAGGGGGAAAUUUCACAAUGAUUGCAUUGAGGUGAUGCGUCAAAAAGCAGCGGUUCUGUUAUAGGAAUAAAAUGGGGUGAGUGAUGUGACACGUUGAGGAAUUUUCUACGGAUUGUUUUAGAACACAAGUCCUACCACAGAUUUCUUUCAUGCGAAAUUUGGCAUCUGUAUUUCCGACGCGUGCGCUAUGUCAGUGUGAUUGUUUUACGGCAAUUUUGGUAUACAGUUUUUCGCAUCUAAUAAUAAUUUUAAUUAAGUGCGUAUCAAUGUAUCCUAUUUGUAUUAACGAGAAAAGACGAAAAUCUUGUAAUUCUACCCUGAGUAUUUUGCUUCAAGCGCUUUUAACGACUGAUUGAUAUUUACUGAAGUAACACCUACAAACACGUAAUGCGUAGAAAAGGGAAAAACCGCUUGUAUGUCCGUACGCAAAGUGUGUAGACAUUCUAGAAACACAUGGCAAUUAGUUUAGGUAUCACAUAUUGGAACGUAUAAGUAGGCUUGUGAGAGAGCCAUAUAGUAUCUUGGCAAACGUUUGCAUUAUUAAUUGAAGACUGUUCAUGCGACCGUACCAAUAUCAUUGCAGGCUAUCAUGUGUAGAUGUAUAGACACGAUACUCAUUAACAUUUCAGGAUGUACAGUCCAAGUAGCGGGACAUUCUACAGAGAUUAUAAGGACUACAGUUAAAGAAAUGGUUCGAUAUCAAUGGUCUGUGUCAAUAAAUUAUUCUGGAUCUAUCACUGUCAGCGUUCAACGUUAUCGUAACUCGUGAGUCGUUACACUGCACGUAAUGCAAUGUAGUCAGUGGCUAAUAUGUAAAGUUAUGAGCUUGUGGGGAAAAGAAAGAGGGAGAUUGAAUAUUCGCAUCUGUCGUUUCGAUUACGAGAAUUUUAUAUAAUCUGUUCACAGAAUAGGUACCAUAUAAAAUGUGCUGGUAAUAUG